AUGGUUGGCAGAGAUCAUCAACAUGCUUGUCUGAGGGGCUUUGAACCUGAGCUCGUGAGACUGGUGUUUGAUACUGCCACCGCCGAGCAGUUAGAGGCGUGGCUCCGGCUGUCGUUGGAGCUGGCAGCAGACAACAAGCACCUCGAGCUGAUAUCAAGACUUGAAAACGCGGGAGCGGUGGGCAGCAGGUUUCACCUAGCCGUGAGGCAAGGGAACGGGAUGCUGGUGACCGACACAAUCAAGCGUGGGGAGUCACCUAAUGCCAGGUGCGUGCACUCCACAUAUCGUAAUUAG